AAUGUCGCUUUAGGCGGGUCAAUUAUUUAUUUGUGAAAGGUUUUUGUCUUCCGACAUCGACGAUUUGAUUUAUUUGUAAAUAAUUUUCCAAAUUCGUAAGUGAUAAUACAUUGAAAAUGGCUCGUAAUAGCAACGAGAACGACGAGGACAGUAUUGAUCCUGCGUCCGUAACAUCUAAUGUGAAGCAUACCAUAAAACAGGAUGUUAUAAAAGAACUUCUGAACGGAUCCUUCCAAGACAAUAAGACAAAGUUGGGUAACGAUGCUCUGUCCUUGGUGGUGGAAGUGGCCAAGUGUUUGGUCACCGAAACCUGCUUGCGAGCGUCCACGCACGCUCUGCGCGAGAGCUGCGACAGAGUUGAUAUCGAACACAUUGAGAAGUGCCUGCCUCAGCUGAUGCUGGAUUUCCCCUAAAAGAAACCAACACAUCACAGCCCCCAGUAUUAUUUAUAAACAUGACAUACUCGGAUAUUCCAAAUAGUACAAGUAUUUAAAAUUAUUUAGUAGGUAGUACUUAUUGCUUGCUAUGACAAAAGCAGCUUUUGCCCAUUCCUACCUCCCUAGGUAUUAGCUUCAUGCGUCAUAUAAAAGACUCUAUUUUUUAAUAUUUUCAUGUAAACUGUUCACUAGAUGUAAAAAUUAUAAAGUUAUGUGUUAAUAAGAGUUAUCUAACGCUGUUGUUCAUUCAUUUGGUUGUUAAUUAUUGAUGAAAGCAAUAAAAUCUAUUUUAACCUAUAGUUAACUAUA